AUGUACAGAAGACAACAAUUGUCAUGGCAACACGAUAACAUUCGGUCACCGAAUGUGCUAUCGGAGUGUACAUACAUGAGAAACGAAACAGUUUCAAAGUGCAUGUUUCGUAUCGUAAACAUGGAACAACUCGAAUUAUUCGGAGUGAUAGCAUUCGACGGCUCGAUCAGAAACGGUUUGCGAUCGCAUCCGGAUGGACAGCAUCUUGUUUAUCCGAUGGGCAACAAAGUCGCUAUAAAGAAUUUGAAAACGAAAGAACAAACAUUCCUCACGGGUCACAAAAAUUUAGUCUCCGCUUUGUGCGUCUCGCCUCGUGGACAUCUUCUAGCUUCCGGUCAAGUGACCCACCAUGGUUUCAAGGCAAUGGUGAUAAUAUGGGAUUAUGAGAAACGCGAAAUGAAAGCUAGUUACGAGAUGCACAAAGUAAGAGUCGAGGACGUGUGUUUUACACGGAACGAAGAAUAUCUUAUCAGUCUUGGAGGGAUGGACGACGGCAGCAUCGUGGUAUGGGACGUUUUAAAUGAAACUCCCCUUUGCGGUGGUAUCGCUAGCAAAGAAUCGUCCGGAAAUGCUUUGUCGAUCGCUGCUAUGCACGUUAGCGAUACGAGUUUCGUCACAGCCGGAGAAGGAACGCUUCGAGUUUGGCUCGUGGGUUCGGAAAAGAGGAAACUCCAUGGAAUCGAUGUUAAGAUCGGUAAGAUUCGUCGUGACAUCAACUGUGCCGUUGUAGACGACAAAGAUGAGUACGUCUAUUGUGGAACAACAUCCGGAGACAUCGUGAAAGCAAGAUUGAAUAUGACGGAGACGAAUGAGAAGUCGUCGCCGUUGUCGUCACUUGUCAAUCCGGUGAUGAUCGGAUGCUAUUCGAAAAUACCACGAGCUGGAACGAAACCAAAGACAUGCGGAAUGGUAUACGCGGGUGGCGUAAAAAGCUUGUUGCUUUUACGAAACGAGCAAUUGAUAGUUGGUGCUGGAGAUGGAACGGUAGAGUUGAUUGAAAUAACAAAAGGCGACGCGACACCCGUGAAGAACGGAUCCACCCGAGAAAAACUUUUCUGCCAUGUUCUGCCAUGUAUAGUAACGCAUCGACAGGGGCAUGUUUGCGGCACGGUGACAUCCAUGGUCAGCAGCUACAAAAACGAUGCGAUAUUAGUAGGGACGGCUCGAUGCGAGAUUUACGAAAUCCAAGUAUCGAAUUUUCAUACGCGUUUGCUCGUUAGUUGCCACACUGGUUCGAUCUAUGAUCUCGCCUUCCCACGCGAUCAUUCCGAAAUAUUUGCAACGACUGGGAAACAUGAUUUGCGAAUAUGGCAGCUAAGGACGCAGAAGGAACUGUUACGCAUCACUGUGCCGAAUUUCUUCUGUUCUAGCUUGUGCUUCGAUGGAAACAGCGCCACUAUAAUAUCCGCUUGGGAGGAUGGUGCGAUACGGGGAUUCGCACUGAACGGAGGGAACCUCGUAUUCGCCAUUGAUCGAGCGCACACAAAGUCUGUGUCAGCGGUCACGAUCACAAACGAUGAUUGCAAAUUGAUUAGCGGGGGUUGCGACGGUCAGGUGCGCGUAUGGAACGCAAAAUCCGAAAUGCGGCAACUGUUACACGUUUUAAAGCAACAUCGAGGGCCGAUUACCGCCCUACGCGUUUCGUCGAACGAUGAGAAUCUGAUUAGUUCGAGUACAGACGGGACAUGCAUCGUAUGGAAUGUAAGGAAUUUCACGAGAAGAUUCGCGUUGCAGUCAAAUACAAUGUACAUGUCGGCGUGUUUCGUACCUGACGGUGUCCAAAUUUUAACAUGUGGCACAGAUCGCAAAAUUGCUUAUUGGGAGACUUUGGAUGGUUCGUUGGUCCGAGAGGUAGAAGGUUCUACGAUUGGUACGCUGAACGCUGUGGCAGUCAGUCACGAUGGACGAUACUUUCUCACCGGAUCGGAUAAUUGUAUCGUAAAACUCUGGAAAUAUCGUACCGCGGACGCCGUUGGAUUGGGUCUUGCUCAUGCAGCUCCGAUCAGCAGUUGCGCUUUUUCCCCGAAUGGUGAAUUUAUGGUUACAGUAAGCACGGACGGAGCUAUAAUGAUCUGGAAAAAACCGAAUGAUAUGCUCAUCGUGGAACACGUGGACAAGUUUCAAGAAUCGCGUACGUCGCAAAGUAGUCUAUGUUGUAACAACGACGCUAUUUGCAGCGACAUUGCCGUUACCAACAUCUAAUCAAUUUUAAUUGUACACGCCGAAGCGGUCAGCGUGUUACAUGCCAACGAAUCUUAUGUUCAUCGAUUAACUUGCUAAAUCAAUAUUUCUGUUGGCGCUGAAACUUUAGAAGUUGUGUAGAGCGACGGAAAAUUACUGUUUUGUAAAAAUAUAAAUCGAGUCGAUAUAUAACGAUACUAAACCAUGGUAUUUACAGGCUCUUUGUCGGUGGACAAAGUCCAUCGUCUGUCUUACACCGUUGUCGAAAGUAGUCAUAAUUAUUAUUUCGAUACGAGUAGGAAGUAUACAUGAGAUCCGCUUCAACCCCAAGCUUGACUUUUACAGUAAUGAAGUAUUAAUUUUCCAUCGGCGCCGUAACAGUCGUACAAAUUCUUCACCAUUUGAUCCGGUGCUGGCGCAAAGGUCUGAUUUACAUAUAGGAACUAGUAAAGAAAAAUUUAUACGUAAAAUUGUGUACGUCGAUCGAUUUGUAUUAAAAGAAAGACGAUCUUGCGUUAGA